CAGAUUACGUUCGGGUCUUAUUCAAAGUGUCCCAAACUUCGUCUUGGAAGACGCCCACCUUCUUAAGCGCAAGCUAUUAACAGCCCGACGACCGUUUGUUAUCUCUUCCAGAAUGGCAUCCGAUGGUGCCCUGGGUGUGGAUGUGCAUGGGCCGGACAAGAAGCGUCAAAAGCUGGCAAAAUUGACGGGGUUGGGCUUCGCCAGGGACAUGGCCGAAGUCAUCGUGGAAACGCUUGGGAUGGACCCCAUCGGGCAGUCGGCCGAUGCCGGAGCAGGACUUCCUUGUGUUUGAGUUUGGUUAGCUAUGGGACGCGACUUAUAAGCAGAACUUCCUUGUGUUUGAGUUUGGUUAGCAAUGGGACGCGACUUGCAAGCAGGACUUCCUUGUGUUUGAGUUUGGUUAGCUAUGGGACGCGACUUGCAAGCAGAACUUCCUUGUGUUUGAGUUUGGUUUGCUAUGGGACGCGACUUAUAAGCAGAACUUCCUUGUGUUUGAGUUUGGUUAGCUAUGGGAAGCGACUUGCAAGCAGGACUUCCUUGUGUUUGAGUUUGGUUAGCUAUGGGACGCGACUUGCAAGCAGAACUUCCUUGUGUUUGAGUUUGUUUUGCUAUGGGACGCGCCUUAUAUGCAGGACUUCCUUGUGUUUGAGUUUGGUUUGCUAUGGGACGCGACUUGCAAGCAGGACUUCCUUGUGUUUGAGUUUGGUUUGCUAUGGGACGCGACUUGCAAGCAGAACUUCCUUGUGUUUGAGUU